GAUGGAGGGGGCGGAGAUGCCCGCCUGAACCAUGCUGAUACCCCGCGGGACAGGGUUGGGGCGGCUGCUGCAGCUGCUGCGAGGGGGCCUAGUGGCUGUGGGAGGCCGGGGCUGCGGUGGCGGCUGGAGCAACUUCUCAGCUAUGUCUUCACAAUCUAGCUGGUUGAGCACCGAAGAAAGGAACCAAGCUUUAUAUGAUCUUAAAGCUGCUGGCUGGUCUGAGCUCACUGAAAGAGAUGCUAUAUUCAGAGAAUUCGUAUUCAAAACCUUUAAUCAGGCCUUUGGUUUUAUGACUCGGGUAGCUCUUCAGGCUGAAAAGAUGAAUCAUCAUCCUGAGUGGUUUAAUGUAUACAAUAAGGUCCAGAUAACACUCAUUUCCCAUGACUGUGGUGGCCUGACAAAGCGAGAUGUCAAGCUGGCUCAAUUUAUUGACAAAGCUGCUGCUUCUUGUCUAACAACUGGGUGCUAAAGUAAUCAUAAACAAAUUCUAUAAUUUGUUUAUUUAGUCUUUUCUCUUACGGUAAAAAUAAUUAAUCCUUAAAUUUCCCCAUUCUUGCAGAAGCUUUUGCAGAGAUACAUAAAUUUUUUUUAUCAAGUAUAUAAAACACUAGAAUUGCUGCAUUAAAAAGUUGAGUUGUUUAUUCUGUGUAUCAGUGACAAUUCCCCUGUGGUCAUCUGUCUUCAGUAACACUGACCAUUUGGCCAGGAGUUCCUCUAAAGAAGAAUGAUUUGGGCUGACUAGUAGGGUUUGCAUCUUAGUACCCUGUUAUCUACCCUUUUAUCUUUUAGAUUCUAUACACAAUGACAGAGGCACAGUUCAAUGCUAUCAUCUGAAUUUUUACUCAAUAAUUAAUGUGUGCGUGGGGGGGUCAGGUGAUCCUAUAUUAACAUGUAUAGUUGCAAGGAAUAUAGCCGAGAGAAAAUCUCCCUUGCUGUAGGUAUUCAGAUGCACUUUCCACUUGUUUAAACUUUCAGGUAUUCUCUGGAAUAAAAUGACCGCAAUUGAUUGUGUGACAAAAAAUCAUGUUAUGUUCUUGGAAAUCUUGGUCAACUUAAUACAAUAAUCACAAUGAAUGUUUUUUAAAAAAACAAGCCUGGUACUUUAUAUUGAGCUAAGCAUAUUUGUCAGAUUGAUUCCAUGUGCUUUCAACUUUUAGGCUAGAUCCAAAGGGAUUCCCACUCUCCUGUUUCCUGAGCACAAAUCUGGCUCUUUCUAGACAAACAAGAGUCUUGGUGCAGCGUAUUGGGGUAAAAAGUCAGACUCUUCCCGAAUUUGUUCAUUUUCUUGGCCAUUGAUCAUACUGUGUUCCAAUCUCCUUGAGGGCAACAGUCAGAGGAAGUUGGUCUGAGCCAACUUUGAGGCUCAGAGACAGGAGUAGUAGAAACAAGGCUUAAGAGUAGACCAAAAGAAUGACUUACUCAACAACCUACAGAUCUAGAGGAGAAAGAGGAUGAAAAAAGACUAUUUUUCACGUUUAUUAUAGGCACACACAUUUAUAAUUAAAACUAAACAGAAAUCUUAUUAAUAUGGCUAAAUAACAGGGAGAUGUUUAUUGCUGUGCUUUUAAGCCAAAAUUCAACUAUUAAAAAGGCAGUUUACAGCCGAAGAUUGAUACUGGAAGAAGAGAUUCUUAACCUCUCUGACACAACGAAUGCCAUUUUUUAUUCCUACAUGUCUCCAUCCAGAGGAAGUCACUUGGGGCAUUUCUUUGAAGAAGUUACAUUGCUUUUCUCAAUGGCAUCAGAAGAGAACAUGGAAAGAAAAAUGAUAUUGUUCAGUCUCAUAAUCUGUGUAUUUUGCCCUACUUUGGAUGAAAAAUGCUAUGGAAAAUGCAGCACUUUUCAGUGAACCAAACCUUUUAGUUCAAUGUAGUUAGCCUUGCAUUAAUGGGAAUUAUCUGGGCUAUGGGUUUCUCCCCCUGAUUAUUCAUUCACAUGCAUGAAUUCUAAGUCCUACCAGGCCCAAAACGGGGUGCAAGGGGUUGGCGCGUUCCCCCCACAGCCCGUUUUUGUUCCCAGGGAGUGCAGGAGGCCAAGUGCUGCCUGUCAACCAGCCUGGCCACACCCACUCAGCCGGUCAUUAGGGCAGAGAACCGGUUGUUAAAUUAUUUGAAUCCCACCACUGCUUGUGUAGAUAGCCUAGAUUGGGAAAGUCUGGGUAAAUGUGGGGGAGGAAAGGGCCAGCUGAGUGAAUGAAUGAAUGAAUGAGUGAGUGAGUGAAUGAAUGAAUGAAUGACAGUUUGACCAUUCACUAUGCUAUGCUGACUAUGCCGUAUUAGGGCAAUAUAUUCAUGAGACCACAUUGAGUAACAAAAUAGCUUGUAAGUGUUGAGUUCUCAAGCUCUUUGUCAAGUAAGAAGGUUUGCAGAAGAAAAACAUAGGUGAGUCUUGAAGCAGUAUGUUGCUGUUUAAUUAUAGAUUUAAUAGAAUAAGUUCUCAGGCAAAAUACACAGGUUCCUUGAUAGAUAUAAAGAUUGACCAGUUUUGCAUAUUUCGGUUGACAAAAUUAAAUAUAUUUUUGGUAGCAAGUCAAAAAUGGAAAUCAAACUGGAUAAUUUCAGUUAGAGUCUGAAGAGGAUACAUCCUUAGUAAAGUCGAAGCUCCUGAUGCUACAGAAUCUUCAUCCAGGGAUGGAUGUCACUGUUACUGGCCGGAUUUGAUAUUGCCCAGUUCAUGUAAUUGCCAUCCUUACCUUGUAUAAUUUUCUAUAUUUUAAUUUGAAUAAACAAUUCAUACUACUCUUUUUAAA